ACGAAUAUUGUUGUUGGAGCGCCCGGGAAGCUCCGCUGAUUUAGCCCACGAAAACGCGAAAAAAUAAUAAAACGCAAAAACUAAACAAAACAAAACGUCGCGAAUGCAGUAGCUAACAACAACAAUAAGCGAAGCCAAAAGUCAAGUAACAAAAAUUGCAGAGUGAAAAAUCCUAUUUGAAGUGCAGCUCAGGAGUCAGAAAUUCGUAUUGAUUUUCUUGUUUGUGUGUGCGCGGGUCCGUGAAAAACGCAACAAAAGCAAAAGCAACCACUUCCAGACUUCCCAAUCAGCCACUUCCUUUUCUUCCACCUAGCGGUAAUCAUUGCCAAUUGGAACCGCGAUCUCUGCUUUCCAGCGACCCCAACAACAAUGUAGACAAGUGCAAGUGUUGUUGCAUGUAGUUGUAGUUAUUAAACAAGAUAGGCAAGGAAAUAAAAAUAGGGAGAGAGAGAAAGAGAUAGAUAUAGACAACAACAAAAGCGAAAGUUUUAUUGAGUGCGUACAUGUGUUGUUGUGUGUGAGUGUUUGUGCGAAAAAUGGUGGAUAAAUAUUACCAAUAAUAAAUGCAAAUUCAAAUGCAAAUCUUCGCCAAUGAAAAGGGUGUCUCUGCAAAAAUUGCUUGAUAAAUUAUAAAUGCAGGGAGUGGCCGGAUAAGUUGGAUUUUUUCGGCUAAACUUCAAGGCACAGAAGCAGCGACGAAAUGUGGAUACCUUCGAACAACAAAUACGGAGUUGCCAUCCACAACUGGCAUGGCGAUGUCCGGUUUGGUUUGGCCCUGGACGUCGGUGAUUCCGUGGACAUUGUGGAGGAGUGCAAAUUCUGGUAUCGCGGCUCCUGUCCCCGAAAAUCUCGGGCAGUGGGUCUCUUCCCCAAAUCCUACAUACACAUCAAGGACCUGUCGAAAGUCGAUCCUGUGGUCGCCGAAUGUACACAGGUCCUGCGAGAAUGGUCGGAGAUCUGGAAGAGGCUUUAUGUGGAUCGUGAGGCCUACAAGUUCCAAACCCUGCGAAAGGUUAUGUUUUCCAUAUUGGAAAGUCGACGGGAACUCCUGAGUGCCACCAUGACUCAGGAUCAGACCCUGGAGCUUCAGAUGGUUGUGGUUUCGAAAAUAGAUUGGGGCAAUCGCAAACUGGGUCUGGACUUGGUGCCUAGAGAGGGACCUCUGGCAGUGGAUCCACAUGGGAUCGGCAUCGUAAAGUUGUACAAUGUCCACGUGAGCAGUGCUGAUAAUGCCAAGGCCUCAUCGAGUCGAGGAACUUUGAGGCGUAAGACGCAGAGAAAGAUCCUCACCCAUCAUCUUUACUUUUGUAUGCGCGAUUUUGGCCAUCGGAUAGGUGGCGAUGAUGCAGAGGUUUAUUUCUUCCUCUAUGAUGGAAGUCACAUGCGACCGCUGUCCGAAAGGUUUCUGGUCAAGAUCUCCAAAGACGGUUUCUCCAACUACAUUGAAAGGUUGCACAGCAACUGCACGGUGUUUACUGAUCUGGGCGCCGCUGAUCUCAAUGAGGAUCUUCAUCUGGUGGCAGUGGUCAUGCGUGUGGGCAAGAUUAUCCAAUCGGACUCCAUUAAGAAGAUCGAGAAGAGUGGCACGCUUGGUCAUGGACCAACCUUCCGUCGACCAUUUGGCGUGGGUGUACUUUCGCUGAGCGACAUAGCCCAAUUUGAUAGCAGUCUGGAACAGUCCUCCGAUGAGCGGGAGUAUAGCUUCAAGCUGUUCCAGAGCGAGGAAAAGGAUUUCCACCUGCUGCCCGAGCUGAUCAUCAAGAAGUCGAGUGGAAAGUACUCGCCCAUCCAGACGAGUCAGGGAACUCAGGGAAUUGUGGUGUCCCUAAAACUCUUGCAUGGUGGGUUGGGUCAGGCUCGACAGGAACAGCCGCUACUCUUCCAGGGCUCCACUAUAACCAGAAAGAUGGGUUUCCCGGAUGUGAUCAUGCCCGGAGAUGUACGUAACGAUCUCUUCCUCACCCUGGAGCGUGGAGAGUUUGAGCGCGGUGGAAAGAAUACGGGGAAAAAUAUCCUCGUCACGGUUGUGGUGCUCGAUGUGACGGGCAAUGUUCUGACCGAAUGCUUGUGGGGUGCCUCUGGCAUGGACUCGCAGCCGCAAUUCAGAUCCAUGAUCCUAUAUCACCAGAAUGCUCCUAGUUGGAACGAGAUGCUGCGCCUCAGUGUGCCCAUCGACAAGUUUUCCACGGCCCAUGUGAGAUUCGAAUUCAGGCACUGCUCGACGAGGGAUAAGACGGAACCAAAACUGUUUGCCUUCAGCUUUGCCAGACUGAUGGACACCGGAGGAGCCACUCUAGGUGAUGGCCAGCACGAGUUGUAUGUUUACAAGUGCGAGGAUCCCGCAAAGCUUCAGGCAUCCAACUAUCUGCGGUUGCAGUGCAGACCACGGGAUGCACAGGCCAAGAUGGAUUGUGGCGGCUGCUUCAGUCGCAGCUCCAAGGAGGUGUUCGUCUUGCGCUCCCUGCUCUGCUCCACGAAACUGACCCAGAAUGCGGACCUUCUGUCCCUUCUGCAAUGGCGUACAUAUCCCGAAACGAUCCAGGAUUCACUGACGGGAGUCCUGCGAUUGAAUAACGAAGAGUUGGUCAAGUUCCUGCAGGAUGUGCUAGAUGCCUUGUUUGCCAUGUUCUCGAACGAGGAAGGCAACAGUACUCAGCACUCUGGACUGGUCUUCCAUGUCCUGGUGAGCAUCUUCAGCCUGCUGCAGAGCAACAAGUUCCAACACUUUCGUCCGGUGAUGACCGAGUAUAUUGAGAAUCACUUUGCGGCCGCUUUGGUUUAUAAGGGACUCAUUACCUCCGUAGAGCACAUGGCCGUGUUUAUGACCAAGGCAGAGCACCCCGAUCCCUUUCAGAAAUGUUUUGGUUCCCUGGAGUAUAUAUUCAAGCUGUUAAUUCAGUCGAGGAAGCUCUUUGCAAGGGCUACAGGUGGGCAGUAUGAGGACUCAUUCCGAAGAGAUCUCCACUCCCUUUUCACGGCCCUUAAUGGAAUGCUGGCUGUACCAUCGUACGAUGUAAUUAUUCCUACCCAGGAGGCCCUGCUUAAUUCGACGGGAGUGGUGCUGGAGCAGCUGAAGGACACGCUGCCAGCUCCGGAGUUGGGCAUGCUGGCGAGGAAUAUGUUAGAUGCCAUUCCCCGGGGAGCUCCCAUUCGGCUAAUUCAGGCGAAACUACAUGCUGUCAAGGAUCUCGUGUCUGGGGAGUUAUUCCAUGAGGAUGAUUCUCGGACUGUUGUCCUAUCUGUGGCCUGCAAGCACCUGCGCAUGCAUCUCAGUCGCCGUGAUGAACUGCGUCUGUGUGCCGAGAUUUUGUCAGAGAUUCUUAGCCAACUGUACGAUCUGCAGAAGGAGCAGCGCGACAAGGUGACCAACACUCUUCAGCAUGAUCUGGACUCGCUAUGCAAGAAUAUACUGGGCAUACUGAUCCGUACUAUCAGCAUUAUAAUGGAGGGAUCGAAUGCAGUGCUGCCUCAGUUGGUGUCUUGUCUUCUGGGGUUGUUGCAGCUGCUAGACGAGACCCAUUACAAGCGGUACUGGGACGAGCUGAGUCCCAACAAAGAUCCCCGUGAUCUAAAGGAGUUCCUGAGCAAAUCCCUGCUAGUAUAUGAAGAGCUGUUGACCCAGGACUGGCACGUGUUUCCCAACGACUGGCUUGUGAUGAAGCUGGCCGCCAACGAUGUGCUGCGAAUGUCGCUGGAGGAGUUCGCCAAGCCACUGGUCUACAGAUUCUUGGGGCCCCAGGCCUUCGACUCGCAACUGUGGUGGAGCUAUUUUAGUCUGGCUGUUGCCUUUCUGACACAGCCCUCCCUGCAGUUGGAGCAAUACAGAGAGCCCAAGCGGCUAAAGAUACUUCAUUCGCAUGGGGACAUGCGGGUGCUCAUGGGCUUCCAGAUACUCAGCAUGUGGUCGCAGCUGGGCGAGCAAAAGCUGCACUUUAUUCCCUCGAUGGUGGGUCCGUUCCUGGAGGUCACAUUGGUACCAGAGCCAGCAUUGCGAAAGGCCACUCUCUCUGUCUUUUACGACAUGAUGCAGUGUGAGCAGGCUGCCCGUGGUUCAUUCCGGCUGGUUGAGAGCGAGCUGAUUGACAAACUGGACCUGCUCAUCAGCGAGAACAAGGGUGACGACGAGUACAGGGAGCUAUUCAGCACCAUGGAACAUCUCAGCUUUGUUUUGCUGGAAAAAGUCCAAGUGGAGAACCCCAACUGGAAGGAUGCUGGCAUAGCUUUCAUAGCCUCAGUCACCCGACUCUUGGAGCGGCUUUUGGACUAUCGCAGCGUCAUGCAGGGAGAGGAAAAUCGGGAUAAGCGCAUGACCUGCACUGUUAAUCUUCUUAAUUUCUACAAAAAGGAAAUCAAUCGAAAGGAAAUGUAUUUAAGAUACAUUUACAAGUUGCAUAACCUGCACUUGCAAGCCGAGAACUACACAGAGGCUGGCUUUACCCUGAAACUAUAUGCCUCCAUGCUGAGUUGGGAUCGGGAAACCCAGAGCUUUGCGCCCUUUGACAACAGUGGUCAACCAGAGUGGCAGCGUAAGGAGCGACUUUAUCAUGAGAUCCUUAAAUACUUUGACAAGGGCAAGUGCUGGGAGAAAGGCAUUCCGUUGUGCAAGGAACUGGCUCAGCUCUAUGAAACACGACGCUUUGACUACAACAAAUUGAGCGAAAUACUCAUUCAGGAGGCCAAGUUCUUCCAGAAUAUCCUUACUCAAUUGCGACCGGAGCCGGAAUACUUCCGAGUGGGAUUCUACGGCAUGGGAUUGCCGCUUUUUGUUCGGAACAAACAAUUUGUCUACCGUGGACUGGAGUACGAGAGAAUCGGAGCCUUUACCCAGCGUUUGCAAACAGAGUUUCCCAGUGCGCAGAUCCUAGGCAACAACAGUCCACCGGAUAAUGCAAUUCUAAAUGCUCCAGAGCAGUACAUACAGAUCAGCAACGUUAGGCCAGUUGGAGAUGCGCAGGCCCUGAAGACCGCAAUGGUUCCGGUGCCAGAAAAGAUAGCCCGUUUUUAUGAGGUCAACGAUGUGACUCGGUUUAUCUACGAUCGUCCCAUGUACAAGGGAACCGUCGACAAGGACAAUGAGUUCAAGUCGUUGUGGAUAGAGCGAACAAUCCUUGAGAUUGCUAGUCCCCUGCCAGGAAUCCUACGCUGGUACGAGGUGAAACAGAAGACAAUGCAGGAGCUGACGCCGGUGGAGUACGCCUGCGAGAUAAUCAGCAAUGCUGGCAAGGAACUCUCCGAGUUGAUUGUGCAAUACAAACGGGAUCCGAAGAGAAAUAUUAAUCCCUUCUCCAUGCGUCUGCAGGGCACAAUCGAUGCCAAUGUAAUGGGCGGUAUUAGCAAGUAUCAAGAGGCCUUCUUCUCCGAGCAGUUCCUCAAAUCGCCUCAAGGUGCUGGCCAGCAAGCAAAUGUUCAGCGCCUAAAGGUUUUGAUCUUGGAGCAAAUACAGAUUCUGGAGCAGGCCCUCGAGCUGCACGGCCAGUUGGCGCCUAGUGGUGUGCAACCUUUGCAUAAUCGUCUUUUGGAACGCUUUUCACAACUAAAGCAGAGUUUAUCCGGCAUGGGAAGGCUGAAACGACAGCACUCAGAGAGCAUUGUGAACACUCCGUUGCCACCUUUGCCCACGGAGCAGCGAGCAGCCCCGGCAACAGCUUCCUCCAGCUUGAAUGCAAAUUCGCAUGCCAACUAUGUGUAUGAUUUGGACGAGAUCUACACGAGACCGGGAGACACUUUACGACCCGUGGACCCUCUCAGUUCUUAUCAAACACUAAGUAAAGAGAGCCUCAGUAUUCCUCUGGAAGAUAGUGCAGCUCCACCGGUACCAAAUCGCCCACGUUCGCAGAACUUUGUGGGAAAUGGAUCCAUGGAUAGCCCUGAAGUUCCACCCAAGCGACAGCCAACGGUGAAUUCUCCCAAUGCCCCACCGUUGCCCCCACGAGGAAUUACGCCGGAUAAGAGAGCAUCGAAUCCUUUGAUUUUUAAUGACUUUGGCACCGGUGAUGGAGUGGGACGUCGACACUCUCAACAACAGCAGCAUCAUGGUCAGAAAUACUCCGUAGUUGAUAUAAGUUACGAUGAUCCUGAGGCCGAUCAGCAACCGCAUUCGCUACCUCCGAACUUCCAGGAUGGAAGUGGGGGACACUUGAGCGUAUGCUUUGCACCAAAUGAUUUCCGGGACUCCGGCAUCUCGACGACAAGCUCUAGGGAACUAAAUCACAUGAAUCUCAACAACCUCAGCGAAGACUCAUCAUCGAUUUCGGCCAUCACAGUGCAGCAUCGGGAGCACUGUCGCAUCAGCAGCAAUGGAAGCUUGGAUUAUAAUGCCAGCGCUUCUAUGAAUAUUACACAGCGCGAGAGUUCGACUAGUUCGUUCGACGUGGAGGAUUUUCCAGUGCCACCGCCGCCGAUUCCGCCGAAGUCAUUGGCCGUGUCGAGCAACGGGGUGACCGUUGGAGGCGAUGAGGCGCAUUCACCGCAUCCCAGCACACAAGCGCACAACACACAACUCAAUCACAAUCAGAAUCAAAAUCAUUCCACAAACACUCACCAUCAUCAUCAGCAGCAGAAUGGAGAUGGCGAUGGUUAUAGCUCUCUGCAGCACCAGGUCAACGGGCUGGGUUUAGCUACUCUGCCUCCACCGCCUGCUGCUGUCGAAGCUCCUCUGCCGGCAUCCGCAAUUGCUUCAUCUUCAUCUAGUCAUCAGCACGAUGGCGGCACUUUUUGAGUUACAAUAUGUCGCUGCCAUCAUCCACCCGAUCAGCCUCAUCAGCCACAUAAGCCAUCCUCAUCCACAUCGACUUCGGACAGUACGGCCACGGAUACAGCUUCGGAAUCUACGGAGUCCAGUUCGUCUACGCACUCGAUGACGCCGCCACCGCCUCCUCCGCCGCCGCCGUCAUCAUUCAGUCAGUUCCAUACGCAGCUGGCAGCUACACCUCACUACUGCCAGGACUGUCUGUCCUCGCCAUCGCCACCGCCCACGAUCAUCACAGAGCAGGCACAAGUGCAUGCCACGCCUGGACUGGCAACGCCGCAGCCACACAUUGAGCACUGCUCCUGUGGACUAAGUUUCUCGGUGAUGCAGGAUCAGCAAGAUCAGAUUGCUCCGAGGCUGCUUACCUCCAGGUUCUCGACGCUGGAGAGACAGUCCGAUGGCUUUCAGGUGGAACAGGUUACCGGCUGCCAGCAUCAUCAUCACCAACAGAGUCCGCUCUAUCAUCUACCCCAAGGCAGCCAGGAUGCACAUGCUCAGACGGAUUUCACCUACGCGCAGCGCUAAAAGUUAGAUCCAUAGACCAAGUGAAGGAGUCCUCGCGACCCACAGAGAGUGAGAUUGAAUUUCGCUUAGUUAUUAAUAUUAUUUUGUACCUUUGUUUUUAGAAAUGCUCUCUUUUUAAACUACUUUUACUCAAAUUAUUUUUGGUGCCAAAUUUUUGCUGCAAGUCCAAAGCGCAAUAUAAACAAAUGUUGUAAUGAUAUAGGUUGCUUAAACAAUUUUAUUAAUUUUAAUAUUAAUUUAAUUUUAUAUCUGUAUUUAUACGGGGAAUUGUCGCUAAAGUUACUAAGAGGAAUAUUUUAUUAAGAGAAUAAAGAGGAAAACAAUUUUUAUAACGAACGAGAAUAUCAAACACUAAAACCAAAAUACAGAACGCUAAUCAAAAGAAGGUCAACGCAAAGUAUAUAUACACUGAAAACAAAGCAGGACACCGACAAAAUGUGCAAUGCAGUUUUUACUUUAACGAACAUAGCCAUAUACAGAACAUUAUAGAUAUAUACACGACUACUACAGAUAUACAUAUAUGUGCGAAAAGCAAUUAGGAAUUUUAAAGUGCUACUAGCUUCAUAACGAAUCAGAUAAGUUUUCCAUUUUUGUAAAUUUUUUAAAUAAACGUAUUUAUAUAGAGUCUUCGUGCAUGUAUGUAUCUGAAUAUACUUUAAAACGCGCAGCAAUCAAAAGCGUUAAACUCGUAUUAAAACAAACUAAUCAUAAACUACAACUAGUCAACAACUCGAAUAAACAUUGAUUAUUACAAAAGGAAAGUAUAAACAUAUUGUCUAUAAAUGCAUGGCGCGAAUAUAUGAAUUUACUAAAGAAUUUAAUAAAGUAUAAACACAAAAA